AUGGCGAAGGAGGAGUGCAAGGCACUACUGGACGCGCUCAAUAAGGCGACUGCAUGCUACCACCACCUGGUGCUGACCAUCGGCGGCUCUGCGGACUCGCAGAACCUGCGAGAAGAGCUGCAGAAGACGCGCCAGAAGGCGCAAGAGCUGGCGGUGACCAUCCGCGCCCGACUGACAGCUCCGCUGCGCGACCGGGGCCUGGGCGCUGAGGAACGCGCCGAGUUCGAGCGCCUCUGGGUGGCCUUCUCUGGCUGCCUGGACCUGCUGGAAGCGGACAUGCGGCGUGCGCUGACCUUGGGCACCGAGUUCCCGCUGCAUGCGCCGCGGCGGCCGCUCGUGCGUACCGGGGUGGAAGGCGGCGCAGCGAGCGUAGCGGCGCGCGCCCUGAGCGCCCGCAGCCUGCGGCACGAGGCGGAGCGCGGCUUCGACGUGGAAGACGUUCACCAGCUGGAGCGGGAGAUCCUUCAGGUGGGCGAGAUGAUCCAGGAUAUGGAGAUGAAGGUCAACGUGCCCCGCUGGACGGUGCAGGCCCGGCAGGCGGCAGGCGCCGAGCUCCUGGCGAGCCCCAGCGCCGGCGUCUCCUCGUGGCGCGGUGUGUCCGUACAACAGCGCACGGGGCCCUGCGACCUGAGUAAGGCCCUGGCUGCCACCAUCUUCAGCGCCGUGCUGCUGGCGGCUGUGGCCUUGGCCGUGUGUGUGGCGAAGCUGAGUUGACCCAUACGCGAACGACCUCCGCCGCCACUACUCGCUACCCGGAGACAGCCCUCGGAGAACAUCUGCAACCGCCAGGACUAGGGAUGGGAGUGGGAUCUGGCAUGUUUAAGGGGAGCGAUUCUAAAACCCUGCGUGUGUACGUGUAUGUUUAUACGCGCGUUUCAAGCACACAUCUGCCUGGGCAGAACAUGGCUUCCUCUUGAUGGCCCGGGCGGAGUUAAUUUUGCGCGGGCCACCGGGUCAUUACCGCUAAUGUAUGCAGGAGCUUUAUCCCCUAU